UAUUCACCAAACAAACAGAAAAAAAUAAAAAAUAAAAAAAGAAGUUCUAAUCAGAUUUCUGGGGUUUUACUUCCAUUUUAGCCUCUAGAGAUCUGAUCUAUUAUAACAUAUCAUUCUCGUCUUUUUUUUUAUCAUCAAAAAACCAAACAAUAAAAAUGGUUCGGUGCAGCAAUUGUUUUAUGACAAUGCUUAAUUUUUUCACGUUGGUAGCUUCAUUAAUUCUCAUAUUAAUUGCCAUAUCAGUUAAUAUGAACUCAAAUGCUACCGUUUGCCAAAAAACUCUUCAAAAACCUCUGUUGAUAUUAGGGUUAUUCCUUUUGGUACUUUCUUUAAUGGGAAUUAUAGGGGCAUCUUGUCAUGUCUCGUUUUUGUUGUGGAUAUAUUUGUUUUUGUUGUUUUUGCUCCUCGUAGGGAUGAUUAUUUACCAGCUUUUCUGCAUCGUUAUCGCGUUGAAACAUUUAGAUAGUAAUCCAGAACCUAAAGGUGAAUGGGAAGAUCAAUUUCAAGAAUACUCCCAUUGGUUUAAGAAGCAGUUGCCUGAUGAUCGAGACUGGGAAAAGAUUAAGAGUUGUUUGAUUGAUGUCAAAUACUGUAAUUACCUUUCCAAGGACAGAACUGCUGAAUUUUAUAAAGAGAAGUUGUCCUCGACUCAGUCGGGUUGCUGCAAACCACCCACAUACUGCAACUUUGAGUUCCAAAAUGCAACAACAUGGAUCGUGCCUAAAACAGGUGCAAAAGUGCCAGACGACGCAGACUGUAAAGCUUGGAACAAUGAACAGAAACAGAUGUGUUACAACUGCAAUUCAUGCAAAAAAGCUGUUCUUGACAAUAUCAAGAAAUAUUACAAGCAUUCCUCUCUCAUAAGCUUUUGCAUCUUCGUUAUUAUAUCUAUUGUUUACUCUAUUGGUUGCUGUGCUCUUACUAAUAACAGUUACAGACAUAGGGCUCAUGUCUACCAUGGCUACAGACCCUACGGUCCUGGCCCUUAUGGUUACCCGUGAUAAGAACUAGCCACAAUUGUUUUUGAUUAAUACCAGGCUUUUGUCUGUGGUAGAGUUCGUGCUGCAUUAUUGGUCUAGUACUAUAUAUGGACUCACCGUUUUGAAUAACUUCUUAUUGUAAUAUAUGUGUAUGACUUUACUAGAUUGAAACAUAUACACACUUUUUUGAGUCAUGAUCAGCUGUUGGGCUAGCUGCUUGAUUCUCUUGCUAUGUCAAGAAUUUGAUAUUUUUGUAUAGUUUGUAAUAUUAAAGGUGGAAAUAAUGAUACUUCAAGUGUAGUACUCUCACAUUGGAAGUGUGAUUAUUGUAAAUGUAACUUUUGACGUUUAAUUUUC